AUGGAUAGUUCGUUAGCAAAUGAGUCAAGUGAUAAUAUAGUGAUAUCAGACAAUUGGGUUCCUCGUGUUGGUAUGGAAUUCGACUCGAUGGAUCAUGCUUGGAAUUUUUGGUUAGAAUAUGGAGGUAAGAUGGGUUUUAAUGUUCGCAAACAUUAUGAGAACAAGAAUAAGAAUGGACAAGUGACUUCUCGAAGAUUUUUGUGUUCGAAAGAGAGUUUUCGCCUAUCUGACAAACGAGAUCAUUUGACGACUAAUCCUCGGGCUGAAACAAGAACUGGUUGUAUGGUUCGUAUUGGAAUUAUUAUAAUUAAGCCUACAGGAAAAUAUCGAGUUCAUGAAUUUGUAUCCGAACACAAUCAUGUACUUCACUGUCCAGGAACUAGCUACUUGUUGUCAUCACAAAGGAAGAUAACGGAAGUACAAGCUGUUGAAAUUAAACUUGCUGAUGAUUAUGGAAUUAGGCCUAGAGCAGCUCAUGAGUUUAUUGGUGCACAUGUCGGUGGAUCAAACAAUCUUGUUUCCUUUGACACUACAUUUGGUACAAAUAAAGAACAUCGACCACUUGGUGUAUUUGUUGGUUUUAACCAUUUCAGGGAGACGACGGUUUUUGGUGCAAUUCUUUUGUAUGAUGAAACAACUGAAUCUUUUAAGUGGUUGUUUGAAACAUUUCUAGCAACACAUGGAAAUAAGCAUCCAAAGACAAUCUUCACUGACCAAGAUAUCGCUAUGGGAAAGGCUAUUGCAGAGGUGAUGCCAAAGCAUCAAUUAAGUGAAAGCUUCAACAAGGAUUUAAAAGGUUAUCUAAAAUGCGCUUUGGAUAUAAUGCGUUUUUUUAAACAAUUUGAGAGGGUUGUUGGGAUAAAGCGGCAAAAUGAGACAAACAAUGAGUUUGAUUCGCGGGAAAAACUGCCAAGAAUUAAGAUGCGGAGAUCACCUUUACUUAGGCAAGUUGGCCAAAUUUAUACUCCUAAUAUAUUUGAAGCUUUUCAAGAUGAGUAUGAUUGGUCAAUGGCAGCUUAUAUUAAGCAGCCUGUUGAAGGUCAACUAAGAAAUGAAUAUAGAGUUGCAAUUUCAGACCUUGAAACUGAUAACUCUAUUGAUAAAGAAUACCAAGUGUUGAGUGAUCCCUUGACUGAAACAAUUUCGUGUAGUUGCAAAAUAUUUGAAAGAUUGGGAAUAUUGUGUGCUCAUGCAUUGAAAGUCCUUGAUACUAUGAAUAUUAAGUUGGUUCCUGCGAAAUAUAUUUUAAAACGCUGGACUAGAGAAGCAAGGGCUGAAACUGUGCAGGAUAUUUCUGGGAGGAUUAUUUGA